AUGGCGGGGGUUCACCGCAGGAUGGUGGACCUCGAGGCCGCGGAGCUGCAAGCGUCGAGGGCGAGGGCGGAGGACCUCGCGCGACGCGCCGCGAGGGCGGAGCCGCCCCCGGGGUUGCGCUUCGCGUGGCGGCCUUCCGCGCGAAGAGGAUGGGACCGAGACGGUUACGACGACGACGACGACGACGACGACGACGACGACGACGACGACCGCGCGGACGACGACCCCGCCGCCGCCGCCGCGCGCGUGCCCCCGGGGAUGGGCGGCGAGGCGUGGUCGUCCGUGAGCGCGCGCGGUGGAUCCCCGCCGCGGCGCGCGGGGGCGCCGUCCGUCGUGCGCGUCACGGCGGAAUCGUACGAGAACGACGCGACGCCCGCGCCGGGGACGGAGCGAUCGCUGAUGGGGAAGGUCACGAUGCGCGAGUACGUCAUGGACGACACCGUCAGCGUGGGCGUGAAGAUCGCCAGGGGGUUGGGGACCGCGGUGGGCGUCGUCGGAGCGAUGGUCGCCGCGCCGUUCGCCGCCGUGAUCGUCCUCGCGAAGACGGCGAAGAACGCGGAGGAGGAGGAGGACGACGACGACGACUUCGAAGGAUCGCUCGACGCGAAGGGCGCGGCGACCGCGGGGGUUGGGGAGGACGACGACGAUCCGUGGGGCGGGCUCGAUAGGAUCAGCGACUACGCGCGGGAGGAGGAGGAAGACGCGAAGCGGCGCGGGUUCGCGUGGUUCGCGCGGCGUCGCAGAGAGAAGAAGCGCGGCGAGGACGCCGACGACGACGACGCCGGCGAGGACGCCGACGACGCGCCCUCCGCGCCCGCGCCCGCGCCCGCGCCCGCGCCGGCCGCCUCCUCGAAAUCGAAGCGACCCUCCACGACGCGGAAAUCGCUCUUCGGGGUGGUUCAGGGCGCCGUGUCCGGCGCGAUGAGGGCGGCGAGCGCGACGGCGGCGGCGGUCGUCGACGCGCUCGCCGGCCUCAGCCCCGACGACGACGACGACGACGACGACGACGACGACGACGACGACGAGCCCGCUUCGUCACCUCCUCCGCCGCCGCUGUGGGAGCAGGAGUCGAAAGGUAAACGUAAGCUCUUCUUCGCGAAGCUCAAGAAGAACCUCUCCGCGAUCAUCCGACCGACCGGGGGUAAGGCGAAGAUUUUCGUUCGCCGCGCGGCCACGUACGCGAGGAGCGUCCCGAGACGCGUCCAGGCGAUCAAACGCGCGAGGGCGGCGUGGCGGCUCGCCAAGGGGAACCUCGCGCACGUCGAGCGCGCGGCGAAGAGCGUGCGUUGGAACGUCUCCGAGCCCGCGAUGCUGAGCGUCCGCGUCGGGGCGUCCUCGGGCCGAGGCAACGGGUGGGGCCGCGUCGUCGGAGGGAAAAAACCGCGUCGCGGCGGCGGCGGCGGCGGCGACGACGACGAUGACGCGGGCCACGCGUGGAAGUACGUCUCCCCCGCCGCGGCCGCGAGCUUCGUCGCGCCGUCGAGUGGCGGCGGCGGCGGCGGCGGCGGCGUCCUCGUGUCCGCUUUCGGCGCGCCGCUAACGAGGCUCCCCGUCCCGAGUCGUUUGUUUUCGUUCGGCGGCGGCGGCGGGGGUCAGGUGCGUUCUAUACACUGGUCCCCAUACGACCCCGUCGGCGUGGUGAACGCCGAUCCUUAA